AUGCCAAAGGAUUCACUGUGCAAAAAUACAGGACCAUGUGUAGUAUGUGGCAAGAAUGACUUAGCAGAAAAGUUUCGCAGACUGACACCAAACCUUUUUUAUAAAGCUUUGCAAAGCCUAACUGCUCUAAAUUUAAAGGUUGUACUUAGCUUAUAUGACCAGCUCUGUCAUAAACAUUAUACUAAGUUGGUAAUAUUUGAUAGGCAUUUUAGUCCAAAGGAAAAACAAUCUGCUAAUAGUGAAAAUUCUGAUAAACAAUCAAAGGUUAAAAAUUGUAAGAAAAAUGUUAAAAAAAGACCUUUUUCAACUAUACAAUCGACAUUAGGACAAAAUAAGCGAUUUGCUGCUUUUGGAAGAGAAUCUGGAAAAGCACUAUCAUUAUUAAUUAUGCAACAUCAAUUAGUUACAGAAAAUAAAAAACCUCUUGCUCAUGUGCAUAGUAUUCAACUAGACGUUAAUGAUGAAAGCGUUAAAUUAAAUUACCAGCCAUUUAAUAAGGCAAAAGAAUUUUCUAAGAUAGAUGCUAUCAUAAGAGCAUGUGAUGAAUCUUUGCUGUUUUGUGAUGGCUAUCGAAAAGUUGGAAUUGGGACUUUUAACAUUGACAAUGUUGUAAGCAAUCAGUUAAAUAAUAAUAUAUCAUUUGAAUAUAGUAACAAUAAACAAUUAGAAAUUCAAAAUAGUGCUUUUAGAUCAAUCAAAUCUAUUCUAAAUAUUCUUGUUCCAAUUUGGAAACAAUCAUCUUCUCCUAUUCUUAUUCUAGGAGAUACAAUUAAGUUGAAACUUGGUGGUGAUAGUCAUAAUGAAAAAUAUGAAAUAUUAGUGAAAGUUGGACAUAUAUUUGUACAUGAACUUUUGGAUCUCAAAAAUAAUGGGUUUUUUGAUCAUGAUAGUAUUCGAUGA